CGUACCUGAGAGCUUUACGGAAAGAAAGUUCUUCGACACCGUGGUGAUUUUCACCUUGAGAAUGAGCUCUAAGAAGAAGCUCUAAGUGACUCCAUCAGUUUUCACCCAGGAGAUGUUGCAGUCCACAGAGGAGCACCUGAAUCACACAACUGAGGUGCAUCCACCCGUCAACCUGGAAUUGCUUGACAUGAGCGCCACUACACAUCACAAAUGUUCUUCCGCAGAUAUAGAUGAGCCACUAUUUCAACCCUACCCAUCAGAGCUGGUCUUCCAGAACUUCAGUGCUGGACAGACCUAUAACUUAAAGCUGUACCUCCUCAACAACGACAAGGUUUCACGGCACGUGAAGCUGGAGCAGCAGGACUCCGACUAUUUCAGCGUUGUUGGUCCAAGUGAUGGACGUAGCAACAUUGCACCGGGAAUGUGUGCCAUGUUCAAAGUCUCCUUCACCCCACAUGAUAACAAGGACUACCACCAUAGACUGGUUUGUGUGACGGAGAGGGAAAAGUUUGAGAUUCCAGUCCGGGCCAUUGGGCCACGUGCCAUUCUUGAAUUUCGAGACAAGAUUGACUUGCCAGUCUGUCCCGUGAAAGCUUCAACUGAGAAAACUCAGCUUGUUUCCUAUAUAGGAAACAGCAAGGCCAAGUUCAUGCUCUACACAAAGAGGCCAUUUUCUGUGACACCUGAGUUUGGGACCCUUGAUGUAGGUGAGAGCAUGCAGGUGACUGUGUUUUUCCACCCAAUGGAGGUAGGAGACCACAGGCAGGAUUUGCUGCUGCACUACCACACUGGUGAAAAUGUGUCCAUUAGCCUGUAUGGGUCCUGUGAGGAACUGAACAUCCACCUUAAACCUGACUGCGUCUGGCUGGCAAAUACUUAUAUCUCCCUGACCUCUACACGCACAGUGUCCCUCACCAACAGCGGUGACAUCCCACUUCAGUACCGCUGGACUGUGUGGCCCAGCCAACAUGAGGAGGACCUGAGCUCAUUGAGGGAGGGCUCAGUGCCCGAGCCGAAGGAAGAAGGAGAACCAGAGCUUUUGCAGUGUGAGUCUGACCCCACAGGGAUCCUCCCACUGCAGUCCAGAGCCCUGCAGGAAUGCAGAAGCGUGGGUGCAAAGGAACACCUCUGGACUCUCUCACAUGGCUGCAUAACUGUGGAGCCUGCGGAGGGGGAAAUAUGGCCCAGCAUGACAGCAACAUUCAAUGUCAUCUUCAAGCCUGAGGAGGCCGGACUUUAUCAAGACACCAUAUACCUCGAUGUCACAGGACGUGAAUCACGGUUACCCCUCACAGUCAAGGGUGAAGGCAUGGGACCUCAUCUUGUGCUCAACUAUGACGGGCUGGAUUUAAAAGACAUGUUCAUAGGGGAAAAAUUUCGUCAAGAGUUGUGGUUGUCCAACAAAGGGCCAAUUGACGCCCCUUUUAGGUGGUCAAGUCCUGACAGCACUUUUGGCCGCUGCUUCUCCUUCAGUCCUGAAGAAGGUGUCGUUCCCUCUGGGGCCUGCCAGAUUGUGGAAGUAUCUUUCCGCAGCUCCAUCUCUGGUUCAUUCUCUGAGGUCUUGCUCCUAACUGUGGCAGGACAGCCUCAACCCCUUACCUUCACUGUCAGGGGUUCCGUCAUUUGUCCCACGAUCCACUUCAGUGUUUCAGAGCUGAAUUUUGGGGACGUAGCCUUUGGUUUCCCAGUAACAUUAAUUUGUACCCUCUUCAACUCUUCUUUUGUGUCCGUGAACUUCGCCCUGCGUGUCCUGGGAGACGGGUUGGGUUCUCCUAGCAUUAGCUCAUUCGAACAGGUUUCUGAUGAGUCACGAAAAAAUUGGCAGGGUCAUACUGCUAGAGAUCUUCAUCCAUGCCCUGCAGAGUUCACGGUCAGCCCAGCAGCAGGAUCAGUGCGUAGCGUGUCCGAUGAAGACAUUAAGGUGACGCUGUGUUCCAACACACUCAGGACAUACAGGCUGGCACUGGUGGUGGAUGUUGAAGGGGUCGGGGAGGGAAUUCUGACUCUUCCUAUAAAAGCGAGGUGUGUUGUGCCUCAGAUUGUAGUGGAGACUCCAGUGCUGGAUUUUCAAAGGUGUUUCCUCAAUCACGCCUAUGAACAGCGAGUGCGGCUGACCAACCCCAGCAGUUUGCCUGCCUGCUACGGCAUGCUUGAUCAGGAGGUGGCCUUGUCAUGUAUUGGCCGAGGACCAUUAGUUGACAUCCGCAGCACAGAGCUACACUUUGGAAAAAUUCCCGUUCUGACGGACAUCGCCAAAACCCUGGUCCUGUCAAAUCGGUCACCUGUUCCAGCUCGCUUUACUACUCCAAUGAUCAGAAAGUCUUUUUGGCGUGUUGAGCCCAGGGAGGGGGAGGUGCCACCAGGGAGCCAGGUGGAGCUCAAGGUUGUGGUGCACCUGAAGGACACGAUUCAGUUCAAGGGCAAGUUAGAGGUUUCCAUUCAGGAUAGUCAGACCCUCACUGUCCUCCUGUCUGCCACUGCCACUGGCACUACAAUUGUCAGUGACAGGCCUUUUGGUCCCAGCCUUGACCUAGGCACGCACUUCAGCCAUGAACCAUACCAGUACCACUUCAAGCUCUCCAACCAUGGCAAGAGAGUACACCGGAUGUACUGGAAGAUCGAUACCUCACAGCCCACCACAAAAGCCCACAAAGGCGGCAGCUUGCCCAACCAAAGCUUCCUACCUCCUAUCUCCACUCCUAAACAGAGAGAUGAUCCAAGGCUUGGAUCUUUAGUCCCUUCCAGCAGGGAGAAGUCGGUGGUCAGCCUCAGUCCAUCUCGUCUGGAGCUUUUUCCAGGCUGCUCCGCUGACAUGGUGCUGACAGUGUCUUCAGACUCCCCUAAGGUUGUGCGUGAGCGUCUGGUGUGCUACGCUGUUGUUGGUCAGCAGAGCUGUCAGGAGAAGAUCAUGUCUGUAGAUGUUACUUGUCGCCUUGUGGCUCCACUGCUCAGCAUUUCCUCAAAGUGGCUGAACUUCUAUACAGAGAAGGUCAAAGGAGAGAAUCUGCUGCCCCUAUACGAGAAGCUGAUUUUAAAGAACGUGUCCUCUCUGCCUUUAUCCAUGAAGCUCUCGCUCGUAGAACCUUUCUGUCUGUGUGAGGCCCCAUCAGACCCUACUACAGCUACCACUAAGUCUGUGGUUUUAGGUGACAGAUGUGAGGCUGAGUUGUGGGUAUGCUUUAAUCCAGCUUUCUGUAAUGAUCGAGUGUCACGAAUUGUGGAUGAGUUUCUCAGAGUUAGUUACUUGGGACACCCACAGCAAGACGUGGUGGAGCUGCACGCUGAGGUCCACUACCCCAACCUCGACUUCUCCUCCACCACAGUAGAUUUUGACUGUGUGUUAAACUGCACAAAGACUCACAAAGUAAUCACCAUGACCAACUGCUCCCCGCUGCCCGUAUCAUAUUUCUGGGCUUUUCUGGAUGACCACAGUAACAUCAGAAAGUCAGAGAUGCUGCAAGGAAAAAAGAAGCAGAAACUUCCAGAAGGUCAGACUGAAGAAUGGAGGCCCUUGUCUGCAACUCUCUCACCUGCCGUUUCAGCUCCUCUGAGCCCUGUGCCUGUUGCAGAUGCACACAGCAGCUCACAGUGUCCUGUGCGUGUGAAAGAGAUAUUUGAUAUCUUGCCAAUACGUGGUCAUCUACAACCUGGGGAUCAGCAGGCAGCCACUUUCUCUUUCUAUGGCCACGAAAAUAUCAGCAGAGAGGUGGUCGCAGAGUGCCAUGUAGAGGAGGGGCCUAUAUAUGAAAUCAUUCUCAGAGGACACGCAUCAGAAAUCAGCUACAGCCUUGACCCCACCCAUUUGGACUUUGGUCAGCAGCUUCUUCAUUGUGUAGGGGAAGCUUAUGUGACCCUCACAAAUACUGGCAAGCUGGGCUUUAACUACAGUGUACACCCUGAAAGAGAGGAGGAGGCUUAUGAGAAAGAAGUGAGGCAGAUGAAGGUCUUUGAACAACAGGCCCAGGUCACACCUGGUUGGCCCAUGGUCAUUCCUGCUCAGGGUUACCUUGAUGCUGGUAUGGUACAGGUGCUGCAUGUACUCUACCUUCCGGGUAUCCCUGAGGUGUUUAAGAAGAAGCUUCAGAUGCAGGUGGCAUCCCUACCACUGCAGGAGAUCACUCUGACUGGAGUCGGGGUGUUCCCCAGGAUCAGCCUGGACUUGCCACGAAACCUGCCAGAGGAGUGCUACAGUGAUGUGUUGCAGCAGGCCAGAGCAGCUGUGGAGGCAGAUGGAGUCAAAGAGAUGCUUACAAAUGAAAUUAAUGUCGGGUAUGAAGAGCUGCUUCAGAUGGAAGUUGAUAGAUUGCUGGUCAGAGAAAAUGCUCUUGCUGUGGCCGAUAGCUUGCUGGAGUCUGAAGAACCAAAAGAAUCCUUCAGAAAGUGGAACAAGCUUAUAAAGUUCCAGCUCCCAGAGUAUCUUCUAGAUUUUGGGUUUGUCAUUCCUGGCAGAGUCGUCAGUCACGCUGUCAGAGUCACCAAUAUUGGAUCAAUACCCGUGUCUUUCCACGCCAUUAGCAAACAUCUUGGGAGCACAGGUUUCACAGUAGACUCUGAGAGCCCGAAGAAUCAGCCCCAAGAGAUGACGCGGACAUUGACAGUUAAAUUUGACCCUAAAGGAGCCAACCUGAACUUGGGGUAUAAAAGCGCUGUCCUCCCAAUCCAGGUCACAGAUGGUCCAGUGGUGCACGUGCGACUGUGUGCAGUGCCAUGCCAGCUGUCACCGUGUCCAGCGAUACCGUUCAGUUUGACACUUUGCAGUGCAGCAUGUGUCAGGUGAAGAUGAUUCAGCUCCUGAACCAGGAGUCUGUGCCGUGUCACUGGAGCAUAGCUGAGGAGGUUAAGCCUUGGAAAAAGGUCAAUAAGUUCCUGCCUCUCUACAA